AUGGACAAUAAAAAGAGUCCUAUUAGACGGCCAAAACGUUCUGCGAAAGCCGUAGAAGACAAUUUUUGGGACUGCAGCGUGUGUACAUUCAGAAACACUGCCGAAGCCUUCAAAUGCUUGAUGUGCGAUGUUAGAAAAGGCACCUCUACAAGAAAACCGAGGAUCAACCCUCAAUUGGUGGCCCAGCAAGUGGCUACUCAAUUCUUACCGGCCACCAGCACCCAUAAACGUGAGAAGAAAGACAAGAAAUCGAUGAAAAAAAGGAGACAUCCACCAAGGCUGAAGAAUGUAGAUCGGAGUAGUGCUCAAACCAGGGAAGUUACUGUAAAUAGUGUAACGGUAGUGAUCACUGAGUACAAACCGAAAAUUAAAUCGGCAGAAACGAUAUCCAGUAGCAGUUCUUCGGACCACGGGUCCCAAUCGGAGUCUAGCAUGGAUGCUAGGUGA